UGUGAGGUCUGAUGUGAUGCGUAGGGGGAACGAGGAUGAAGCCAUUUAAACUCCUUUAACUGUUGCUCUAAAUCACUUGGUCACUAGAGAUAAAGUCAGAGGGUUAAUCCACUGUCAUUGCAUCAUUCCUGUCCUUAUACUGUAUUUACAGCAACCCAAAACACUGCUAGGCUAGUAGGUUAUAAACCUUGCAGAGAUAUUUCCUGGAAUGAAUCAGGUCUACAAAUAUAAUAGAAACUGUUUAAUCUGGAUGUGAUAAGGGACGAGAUCCAUGGAAUUGUGCAUAGGUGUAAAAACUUAACUGGGUGUCAUGCUGCGAGGGUAGGGCAGCACCUUUCAUUGUCUGUUACAGGCCCUCCCUGGACCUUGUGUUUCCUUUCUUCCAGUUGCUUGUUCCGCCUUCUUCAAUUGCUAGCUUAAUUAUGGUUGGGAGGAAAACUCCGGUUCCACAGGCACUCACAGCAAAUAUUGACUUGAGGAGCAAAUGGCACUUACAGAUCCGGGAUAUGCUACUACCUGACCUGAGUGGGAAGGGGAGAUGCAAGGGUGAGGAUGGGAGUUGCUGUAGCGGAUUUGAUUUGGUGAACCCUGAUUCAAAUUCUAAAGCAAAAACUUUUUGUGAGGGCUGGAGGAGGUGGACUAGAACAAAUACAGAUUUUUCAUCUCUCAUUUCUGUGGCGGGGAGGUUCAGUCUGGAUGUUUGAAGUUGACACGCUCAACAUGCAGUUUUAAAAUACAUACUGAGAGAGCUUUCCGGUUCCACAUCUGUCUCCAAGUCCCCGGGCCAAUGUUUAUGUCUUUACAGUCACACUUUCCUCUUUUCUAAAAUGUUUCUUUCUGUCCUGUUGCUGUAUGAAAGGCUCACAAAGAACAGGGGAAACAGUGGAACUAACUAUAUGCAAAGUGCUGUCAAAUGCACAAAUUAAGCCGGGGGGAGGGGCAUUUUUCCCUUGCUAACUUCUUUCAGUGAUAGUAGAUAUUACUCUUAACACAAGCAGGUAAACAAUAAUUCCAGUGUUCUCAGCUGAUUGUCGCUUUAACGAUUUCCAUUGAUUGCUCAUUUUAUUAUGCUCUAAUAAAUUUGUUAGUCUCUAAGGUGCCACAAGUACUCCUGUUCUUUUUGUGGAUACAGACUAACACGGCUGCUACUCUGAAACCUCUUUUUAUAUUGUUACUGAAAACCUAGGUUUAUUGGCUUUUGUCUUGCUGAAGACUUGUUGGGAAACUUGCUAGAUGGGAUGCUGGUUUGUUACUCCUUUCUAAAUGGAUUCUUAUUGUUAUAUAUAUAAAAAAAUCAAUUGAGGAAGGGCACUCCUGAGUGGAAGUUUCCCUUCUUGUGCUAAAGACCCUGGGCAGCCAGUGCUGGAAAGGAGCUCAUAUCUGACUCUAGACCACCAGUCUGCUUCACAUCCAACACUGAGCUGCUGUCAUGUGAGAGUUAACUGGAGAUCAUAUGGCAAAGGGGGUGACCAGGUAAAACAAACACACAAUAGGAGACUGUUAUCUGGGUGUUUGCAUAAAACCAGAUAAUUGAAAGCUGUUUCCUAUUGCAGCUGAGAGAGAGAGAGCAGGAAUAUUAACAGCUGGCUCAGCAACCUGAAGCGGAAGUUCAAGUGAAUUUGCAGCUGUCUUUUCCACAUCUCCAUUUUUAAAGGAAAACUGCACUAUUUAAAAAAAAAUUAACUGUAUACAGUAAAAGCUGUGUUAUCCGGCACUUUACCAACCAGAAAGCUCUAGAAACGGGCAUUUCUGAUCUCUCCCAAUACAAAUCUUCAAUCUAGUAACCAGGACCAAUGCCGAAGCUAACCGGAAUCGAUGCCGAAGUUAUUUGGGACCCGAGUAUUUCCGAGAGCAGUCGGACUACGCUUGAGUUAGCCAAGAAGAGCGGAAUGCUGUUCUUUCUGUUUGUAUCCGCCAUUGUGAUUGGUCGGUUUAUUAUUCUGUGUAUUGUCCUGUGUUUAUCGUAAAAUAUCAACGCCACCCUACCGUCAUGGCAUCCAAAAUACCAGCAAAAAGCAAAGGAAAGAAACGUAAGAGAGUUGUGUUGACAUUAAAACAGAAAAUAGAUAUUUGUACACGUCUUGAAAAGGGCGAGAAUAGGAAUGUUUUGAUGCAAGAGUACAAUGUUGGCUCGUCCACAAUAUACGACAUCAAGGCUCAGAAAGGACAAUUGCUCAAAUUUUUUGCUAGUUGUGAGUCAAAUAAAGCUGUUGAACAACGCCAUACUCUGCAUAUGCCUAAAUUAGAGCAACUAGACAGUGUUUUAUAUGAAUGGUUUUCAUUGAAACGAUCGGAGGGUGCCUCUAUAUCUGGUCCAAUGCUCAUUGAAAAGGCAAAAGAUUUUUAUAAGCAAAUGCAAUUGACUGAGCCAUGUGCAUUUUCUGAUGGAUGGCUUUCAUGUUUUAAACUUCGUCACGGCAUUAGAAAGCUAGAUGUACCAAGCGAACAAAAAUCGGCUGACCGUGAAGCUGCAGAAAAAUAUUGUGAAUUUUUUAGAAAU